AUGGCGAACCUAGUUGUUCCAAAAGGCAUUCUGCUUUCACGAAAUCCUUUCGAAGCGGGCCUUGAGAUCGAAACUGCUUCAAGGCCUAUCGACCAUGUGCAACGAAGUGCCGAUGGAGAAUUGAGGAGGAGAGGGAGAGGAGCAACAAUAAAUAUGGGAGCCCUUGCCAGAACACGAGAAACAGGUCAACAAUUCCCUUCUGCAAAUACCAUGCCGAUUGCUGCUCGAAGUCCAGCGAGUCGAGUAACCGAAGAUUCGGUAGAUCCCUUGCAAAUGCCGUCACCAACAACUGCAAGAAAAACAAGCUUGUACAGUCUCUAUGAGAAAGCAAAAUACAAGCAGGAGAGGAUCCGAAGAAGCCCGUGGGUGCAGACGUUGUUCGAGUAUUCUAUAUACGUUUUGAUUGUUGCAUUCAUCUAUCUUGUGUUGGUCGGUCUGCCAUUGUGGAAGGGAGCUGUGUACUGGCUCUAUUGGGUUGUUGACCAUAAGUUCGUCAUUUCAGGAGGGUUUGCAAUCACUGUAAGACUGGCAGCGAUAUAUGCCUUCUUACCACCCUUCGUUUUCUUCGACAAGGAUCCACUGCCAGUACCUACAACCACUGGAGAUCCACCACCAACAGACGUCGCUCUCUUGAUUCCAUGUUACAAAUCCGGGAAAAUCAUUGGCGCCACCUUGGAGGCAGCACUCAAGAUCUUUCCCCGUCAAAACAUCUUCGUAAUUGCCAACGGUAAUUCUCCCACUCCUCUCGACAACACCGGCGACGUCUGCGCUUCAUACGGCGUAUCACACACCUGGUCUCCUCUCGGCUCCGAAAUCAUCGCCCAGUUCGUAGGUUGUCACGUCUCGAAACGCUUCCCACACAUUCUUCUCAUCGAUGAUGAUUGUCUCCUACCUCCCACGUUUCCGCUUGGCACUGAGAAGUUUUCGGAGAGGAUCAAAUGCAUAGGGUACACAAUCACGUCUGUAGGACCAAACUGCAGUAAAGGAACCCUGGUCCAACAAGCACAAGAUCUCGAAUACAAACUUUCCGGUCUGCAGCGCCAAUUUUCUGGUCUCGUUGGCUCUGCUACACUUCCUCAUGGCGCGAUCAGUAUGUGGGAUCGUGAAUUUCUUUUACAGACGACGUUGGGAAGUCGAAUUGUGAUGAAUAGUGAGGUGUUUGUCGAGACUGAGACGCGUGCUGCUAUUUUCUGGAGCGGAGGCGGAGGCGAAAGAGGUGGAUUUGGCGAGAUGACUGUUUGGAAACAGAGGUUCGAGAGAUGGAACUUCUUUUUCGUGAAUGGAUUGUAUUGGAAUAUGAGGUAUAUUCCAUUUUCUUGGAAGUUGGGCUUCUGGGAAAUUGGCGCGAAGAUUUUUGUCUUUCAAGAGGUCUACGAGACUCUCCUCCAUUUGCUUACUCCAUUCGUCCUUCCGAUAUCUUUUGUUGUCCGUCCUGCAUUUUGCGGAUACCUUCUAGCUGGUACACUCGUCUUGUAUUUCGCUAAUACGCUAAUUUUUAACCUCAUCCACCUCCGCCGCAAAGUAAAAGUCCGUCCAGACGGCACAAUCACAACCCAAGCUCUUUCGACUAAAGCACUAUGCUUCUAUCUUCCAUACAAGUGUGUAUUAACAGUUGUUAAUGUAGCGAGUUGUUAUUGGAGCAUUUUCAUGUGCGCGAGGUAUUUUGCUAAAAGACAUCCGAAAGUGGUGGAGGAUAGUAAGGUUGUGGAGGUGGUAUUGAAUCUUGACGGAAAUUUGAAGGAGAAUGGUUUGUGUAAAUGCCCCACUCUUCCCAGUUCCAUGAAUGUUGAUCAAUAG